GGUUGGGCUGCCUGACGCGGCUGAGGGUCCAUAUUUGGUCCAACUGUGAGAGGGUGAACACUCCUGCCGUGCGCUCCUAAGGAUUAUAUCGACAUUUGGAUUAUCAAAAACCUCAUCUUCUUUGCUCUGCUGUAUUCUCGUUGAUUUUGGAUUUACCUACUGAUGAGAAUUUGUGGGAAUAGAGUGUUGUGGAGCGGCGGCUGAGGACAGGAUGGCAGCCGCGUGUGCCCGGUGAUGUCGCAGGAUGGCCGCAGCCAAGGCGGGGGCGGCGCGGGCGGCUGUGGGGGGUCGGGCGCCGCCAGCAGCCCCCAGGGAAGUCCCAUCACCCUGUCCGUGCCCCGCCCAGACCACCAGCGCACCACCAACCUCUACGUGGACACUCCCUUCAAGCACCGCGUGGCACCCCGGACUCGCCCAGCUCAUCACCACGCCUCCACCACCUCCCGCACCCACGCGGACCUCGCCCUCGUGCACGGCGCCCCUGCCCGCACCAGCGGUAAGAGGUCCGCCAAGCUCACGUCCGCACACUCUAGCGUGACCGCGGCGCCCGUCAAGGGCAGCACUAGCAGCAGCACCUCGCUGCAGCAUCAGCAGGCCGGCAGCCGCACCCCAGUCAUCAGUAAACAGCCGGCCGCCAUCACCUUCACUAAGGGCGGACGGGAGGAGGGUGACGGGGAGUCUAUCAUCUGCUCGUGGUGUGGGCGGUGCCGCUGUGAAGCGUGCACCAAGCCACGCCCGCCGCCCGCAGCCUGGCUCUGCCGCAACAAGUGCCUCUGCUCUCCCGCAGCCGCCGUCGACUACGCGUCGUGCUUGUGCUGCGUCAAGGGUGUCCUGUACCACUGCGGCAAAGAUGGCGAGGCCGGCCUUGCCGCAGCCGCAGACCAUCCCUGCUCGUGCAGGGGACCGCAUGCGGUGCUGGGGUGGACGUGCCUGGCCCUGGCGUCCAUCCCGCUGCCGUGUCUGCUCUGUUACUGGCCACUGACGGGGGCGCGGCGCCUGCUGGAGAUGACCUACCAGCGGUGCACCAGUCACGGGUGUCGCUGCCCCCAGGGGCGCGGCUCCCGCCUCCAGCCGCCGCCACCACCGCCUCCUCCGGAGAAGCGGCCGCUGCACGACUGUGCGUGAGACGUCGAGUGCCGCAGGGCCGCCCACCACCCAGGACAGGCGGCCCAGGUCACCCUCUCAAGCUUUAAUACCCCGGGCCAGGUGGCCGGCCGGCCCGCGCCGCCCCCAUGCCCGCUACAAGAAGAGCGGCCUCGGGGGCGCGUCGCAGGUGCUGGUAGCGUGGGCGUGCGUUCCCCCCCUAGUCACGGGCGCGCCCGCGGCUCACCAGCAGGCGGCGGCGGGCACAUUCAGGGAUCAAGGCCGCGCCCACCGGCCAGCGGGCGGCAGGCGCGGGGGGCGCCACCACCACACAUCAUUAUUAAUUUAUUCAACAGUUUAUCAUGGUGUUACCCGUGGGUGGACGUGCGUGGGCGCGCGCGGCGGCAGACAGCCAGGGGCCAUAAGUUCAAAGAUUCGUGCGUUAAGGUUCCUGCAGGAACUGACGGUGUUGUCGAGUACUUGUAGUCAGUGAAGCUUGAGUACAACGCCGCCAUGUUGUGCUGGAGUGAGUCAGGGGAAGACUUUAACUCAGGAACCUUUGAGACUUGUGGUCCCGGGCCGGUGAGGGCGCCGUGCAGUACUUCCUGCGUGCUGUACUACUGCGUCUCUCCUGUUCUCCCGCUGCUGCGCCUACUGCUGCUGUUUUUGUCGGUGUGGGUGCUCCCCCCCCACCCCCCGGCCAGACCCCCGUGGGCCGCCCCCUCCCCCGGGCGGCACCACCAGGAUGACUGCCAGUGGGCCCCCCCCAGUACCUUCUAGUCGAUGAAUUAAUGUUGUUGCGAGGAUGUUAUUGUGGCGAAAAGAUGGCCCGAGCUGGCCUCCUCCUCUCUCCCUCCCUCCCCUCCAUCCUUCCCUCACCCCCCCCUUCCCUCAGUGACUCUUGACAGUAAAGUGAGACACGAACCUGGGGGAACACACCUAAACAUAUAAAAGAAGCUAUAUUUUCUGCCCAGUUAUUUACUAUGUAAUUACUGUAUGUGAUUUUGAGUGACCUCAUUCUGGCUUCCAUUGAAAAAAACAAACAAAAACAAACAAAGAUUUCCAUACAAUGUGUUUGUUGUUGGUGUGACGUCAUCGACACGUCACUGAAGAGGAAAGGUUUAUCACGAGAAAGAAAGAAAAAACUAUGGAAAACUGUUAUUAAUCAGCUGAAGGGUAAAUGCCUCGACUUAGUUCAUCGCUUAUUCCACAAAGUUGUUUUUGGUUCCUCAGCUGAGACUCAAAAAGGGGAAAAGAAAUGAGAGUGUAUUAUGACUCUUACGCUACAGGAACUAAGGAGAGAUAGUAGUUGUUGUUGCUGCUUGACCACAUACGGUACAAGCAGGAGAGAGAUGGUUGGUUCUGUGUGGUUUGAUUCAAGAUGGCGUUCGUAUGUUUUGAUUCCCUAAUAGACGCCAGAAAAAUGUAAGAUCCCAUAUACAUAUAUUUAUUUAUCUCAAAAAACAGGAAAAUAUUUGAUUGUUUUUUUUUUUUUCUGGGUGUAAAUUGUCUUACACCAUUGAGGAGAAAUGUUUUGUCAUGGUUGAUAUGUGAUGAUUUGAAAGGUAAAUUAUGUACUGUAUAGUUCAUGCGAUUCGUAGCUUCUUGAACGUGAAAUAUAGUUGAAUAUAUUUCCAUUGAUUGAGAUAAAGAUUAUGUAUAUAUCAAGAAAAAUAUGAUUUUCUUUAACGAUACGAAAUAUAUAUAUAUGUAUGUAUGUAUGUAUGUAUAUGUAUAUGUUAAAGAGAAAUAAAAGAACAGUUUAUUUUAUAUGAAUGUUAUGUUUAUGUAUGACGGGGAAACAUAUUUUUGGAUACAUUGGUAUAAGAGAGAGAGAGAGAGAGAGAGAGAGAGAGAGGUAUCACUAAUAAUUAUGAUGACAUGUUAAGUAGAUAUUUUUCAUAAAUAUAUAUUAUGUUUGUCAGAGGAAAGAAUAUUUUUUUUCAUCAAUCAUCCAUAGUAGAGAAAUAUAUCUUGGCAGUGAUUCAUUAUUUUUACACGAAAUGAAAAAUACCAAAACAAAGAGAGAGAGAGAGAGAGAGAGAGAUUUGACGAGUUGAGAGAUAGAGAUAGAGCGAUAGAGCUGGGGGUUGAGAAUAUGUGAUAAGGGGUAAUGGGAGGACCAAUCUUCCACCUCCCUGUAUGAGAUAAAAGAACUCAGUCGUAAAAGUAAUGUAAAGACAAAAUGAAGGAGGUAGGGAAGUGGUGGGCGAAUUAUCCAUAUCAAUACAGUACCUAACUAACACUUCUGCUCCCUCUAUUAAACGAAAUAUUAAACAAAACAAAAAAAAAAGAUCUCACGGUAUAAAAGAAAAUCUCUCUCACUGAGGCUUUUUGCAUUAGAAAUUGUGUGAGGUCGUAUGGAGGGAGAGACACGAGGCUGGAGGAUUUCUUAUGCAUUCUGGCUGUACUGACUUGAAGGUUUGGUGGCCUCUAUGUGAGGUCGUCCUUCACUCGUGUCUCCUACUCCAACGGGUGAUAUUUUUCUUACGUGAGAUUUUUUUUUUUUUUUAGUAUUUGUUUUAUGUCACAAAAACUUUAUCUUUUUGUUUUGUAAGUGUUUGUUAUACGUGUGUGUGUGUGUCAUUAUAGUAUAUAUGUGUGUUUGGAUACGUACAUAUAUCGAUACAUAUAUACAUACAUACAUACAUACAUACAUACAUACAUAUGGGAGAGGUUGAGGAUGGGGUAGUAGGGGACAAGAAAAGGAGUAGAAAUACCUAUUUUUCUCUCUCCCUCUACACACACUCACACACACACACCAGAGUCAGUCAAGUCAGUCAGUCGCUCACCACCUCCCACUCGGUAUUUUUCUAAUAAGUAGAGAAAUUUUUUUUUAUCAUAUGAAUAAUAAACACGAAAAAUUAUUAUUAUUUUCUAGGCCAACAUGGAGAUACAAUAACCCCCCUCCCUCUCCCCUCCCCCAAUAUAUAUACACACACUAUAUAUAUAUAUAUAUUAAAGAGGCUAAUACACCCCCUUAUAUAUAUGGGCUGGGUCCCCCCUUUCCCCCCCCAAUAGCCCAGGUUUAACAGGGGUCCGAAGCAACUUUUCGCCUGUACUGCUUGUUAAUACAGAUUUAUUGGUCAGACAGAACCUGUUUAUCUUCUUGUAUAGUAAACUGUACAGAAUUUUGUCUAUGGAGAGAGGAUUACUGUGGGUGUAUAAUUCUUCCCGAUCAUAACUGCUUUGUAUGUUUCAAGUACUAUAUUGGCAGUUACUGUAUGUAUGUACAUAAGGAAAACUGAAAUAAUAACGAAAUAUGAAAAAAUAA